CGAAUAAACAUAGUAUAGCCUACGUCACCAAACAGAAUAUGGAAAACAGUAUAAUUUCUGCGCGCUGCUGCUGCAAGUGUGCGUUAUUGGUACAUCUGAUUGCUAAUAUCCAUCUAUUUUGGAGAACUCUACUGCAAACUGUCUCUUAACCGUAAUAUAAGUUCUGCGCCUUACGUUUAUGUAUGUACUGGGCUGUGAAAACUAGUCUCAGCUUUGUCAUGUCAUAGGCUGCAUAUGUCGUCAUAUCAUCUGCGACAGUCUUUACUGUAUAACCAAACACAUGAGAUAUAUCAAUGUCAACUUAAUUACGCUGUUGAAGUUGCAAAUAGUGGGGGCACAAAUUAGCUAUUAAAAGUUUAUGUAAUGCAGGUUGACAUCUAAAUUCAGUUGCUGAUGGUGAAAUCCAUAAAUGCACACCUGAAUUCCAGCAAAACUGUGGAUAUUUGAAAGCCAAUAAUUUAUGUGUAGAUUUGGGAAAAGAAAAUGCUAGCGGCGAGUUACUAAUAUUUUUACUUACAAAUCAUCAGGAUACGCUGUUGUGUCACUUGUUGCUUUUGCAUCAGUACUCUCCUAACCUUUUUGAACGAUACAGCGAGGUUGAAAAUGUCCUUAACAGCCCUUCAAAGUACUGUAUUUUUCCGGAAGAUUCUGUCACAUUUUCCUCAGGAUAUCAGCCUGGCUUUUGCUUAUGGAUCAGGGGUUUUUAGGCAGUCUGGGUCUUCCCAAAGCCAUAUCGGGAAUAAUAUGCUGGAUUUUGUAUUUGCUGUUGAUGACCCCCUUUCUUGGCAUAAAAUAAACAUGCAGAAGAACAAGAAGCAUUAUUCAGUCUUGAGGUUUAUGGGCCCAAAGCAGAUUACCAACAUUCAGAACAACUAUGGAGCUGGAGUAUACUAUAAUACGUUGGUUCCUUGUGAAAGCCAGACCAUUAAAUAUGGAGUUGUCAGCACAAAGACCCUAAUCGAAGACUUGGUGCAUUGGAAGACAUUGUAUAUUGCUGGGCGACUGCACAAACCUGUAAAAAUUCUGAUACAAAACGAGAAUGGCAAACUUCAGGCUGCUCUUGUCAAAAAUCUUAAGAGUGCUGUGACAGCUGCCUUUCUGAUGCUUCCAGAAAGUUUCACAGAAGAGGAGCUCUAUAUUCAAAUUGCAGCAAUUUCAUAUUCAGGUGAUUUCAGAAUGAUCAUUGGUGAAGACCGGUCUAAGAUCCUAAACAUUGUGAAGGCUAACAUGCCCCACUUUCAGAAGCUGUACAGCACCAUUUUGCAGGAUUCCUCUCAAGCAGUUUACAAACAGCAUCAGGGCAAAAUAGAGAUUGACAAGAGCCCAGAAGGUCAAUUUGCUCAACUGAUGUCUUUGCCUAGAACUCUGCAGCAACAGAUAACCUAUCUAGUGGACCCCCCUGGGAAGAACAGGGAUGUAGAAGAGAUCUUACUACAGGUGUCCCAGGAUCCAGACUGUGGUCUAAUUGUUCAGCAAGGUAUUUUACCGAUUGUUAAAUCAUCAAGUUUAACACAGAGUGUAAAGGGAAUAAUUACAGCUGGUUUAAUUAAAACUGUGUCAUACAGUAUGAAGAAACUGCACAAGAUGUGGAGGGGAUGGAGAAGGAAAUCAUCUUAAUGUUCAUUCUUGUCUACCUCUGUAGAUUAAUGAAUUGUGUCUUAUUUAUAUACAUUUAUUGAUGGAUGAUAGAUUUUAUUGCCUAAUAUGUCCUACUGCCAUUUUUACUGAUUUAUUAUGUAUAAAUAUACUUUUUGCUAGGAACUUUGGUGAUCUGAUUCU